CAUAUACAAAGAAAUUUUAGGGUGAUGGUCGAGUCCCCCUUGAAAUUACACGAGGCGCAUGCGUUUUCCACAAGCUUUGUUUACAGUGGAGGAGGCAGACGCAGACAUAAUUACUAUCUGUCAAGUGAAUCCCCUGUGCCUGUCUGCAGAGAGUACCAGGGAGACACCACAGGAACAAUGGAAAUUACCGAGGACAGACCUUUGUACAUAUAAAAGCAAGAUGACUACAAAACAGAAACUCUCAAGAAAGCGGGGUAAUGAACACCUCAGAGACAUAACUAGCAACUUUAUUGAGGCAUCUGAAAUCACCAUAAGCAGAUCAAAAAGAAGAAAGAAUGGAAAUAGUGAAAUCGUUAACACUGGAAACCAAGAAGCUGUUGAGACACAGAUACAGUCGUAUAGUCAGGUAGCACCACUUGAAUCCCAACAAAAGUGUUCCAAUAAGCAAACUUAUUUCGAUAGUAGAAAAACAUUUUCUAUUAUUGAUGCCUCCAGCACAGAAAAAUGUGUAAGAAACAGAUAUAAAAACACGUAUGCUUCUUUGAGUAAAGCUGGAUUAUUGUCAAAUCAAAUAAAAAACAAGCAGUACAUAGGUGUCAGUAAUGUAGUGCUUAUUAAAACCACUAAUGAUGUUGAACAUAAGAGUGAUAGAGAAAACAACAAAGGAAAAGAAACCCCAAAACUGCCUCCUGAUUUUGUAAACAGAUCACUAACAUUAUCAAAUGACAUGCAAAUCACUAAUUCUGAUAAACUAAGUUGCAGUUUUACACAAGUUAUUGAUUCGAAUAGCAUACUUAAAAAUGAAAAAGGGUGUUUGAUUUAUGUUCAAAGCCCAAGUUUUCCAAAUGGCAAAACAAGAAAGACUAAUGAAGAAAGUUGUCCUCAAACUAUAAAACCUGACCAGUUUGCAGAACCAGAAUGUUUGAAAGAGAAGUGCAAUACAUUAGAUUCAGUUAUCUCUACUGAAUUAGUGUCGCAUGUUAAUCAUUCCAAAAAUCCAGUAUUAAAACCAGUGGCGAAGGUAUCUUCAAUAUCUACUACUUCGUCAGUGCAAACUUUGAGUGCCAGUACAUCAGCAAUAACAGCUAUUUCAACACCAAUCCCAACCUUCCCCAAGUUACCUGAUGUUUUUGGAGAUAUGUUGAAGAGUGAAGCUGAAUACCUUGGACAAACAACCAUAACUAGUGGAAGGAAAGAUGUCUGCUCUGGAAGGACACCACAGGAAAUGGUGUGUGAUGCCCCUGGUUGCAUUUCUGUUGAAAUAAGCAAACAAAAUAAUUCUUCCGCAGACUCUUGCAAUCAAAAUGUUCAUCAUAACCAGCAAAUUGUCUUCCCCCUAAGAUGUACAGAGCCAUCCACAAGUGUUCCUCUGCCAGUGGUUGACAUCUUAGGAGAAAGUUAUAAUUCUUGCAUGAAAGAAGAUAAUGUAAGGCUAGGUAAUGAUGUAUCAGGAGCCAAGACUAAGAUCCAUGCACUAGGAACAAUAAUGAGUGGCAGCUUGGAGGAGCCAAGCUUCUUGCAAGUUGACACCUGGGCUACACAUAUAUUGCAGAAUCUAGAGCUGCUGUACAAAAAUGAAACCCAGUGUGACUUCAUCCUUAAAUUUUGUGGAGGCGAAGUACUUAAGGUACAUCGAACAGUCCUGUUAGCAUGUACAUCCCUUGUGGCUGAAGCUGAUACUGUGCUGGGCAAGAAUGAGUUGAUGGUCCCUGCAGAUCUUAAUUUUGCAAGUGUUGAACCAGUAAUUAGAUUUGUCUAUAGUGGCCGUUUGGAAAUACAGAAGUCAGCUGAUAAGAUGAGUGCAAUUUACACUGCUGCAAAAAGACUUGAGGUGUCACUCCUGAUACACAUAAUGGAUCAUCACUUUCCAUAUUUACAGUACAAUUUUUACAGUUUGACAUCAAUAAGAGAUUCCAAGAAGCAAAUAGAAAACAAGAAACAGUUCUCAACAGAGACCACCAGUUUUGAUACUCUUUUAAGCAAGGACUUUCCGCAGAGCCCUCUCCAAGGCAAGCCUGCCACCAGCAAAAACACCAUCUUUGUGGAAAAUGAGCAGGACUUCAAUUCAAAGACUAUUCAAGAGACUAUCUAUGCUGAGAAAGUAGACAUGGAGGAGUGUGAAACACCAGAUCCCUUAGUGCAUUAUUUAGUAACUAACUCAAGGAAUCAUUUUUACACUACUAGUAGUCCAGGAAGGUCAAGCAAAAUUACCGAAGAGGCAAGACCAACAAGGUUUCAACUUGAAGAGGACUCUGAGAAGCUUUCCUAUAAAGCUGCUGCAUGGAGCACCAAAAACUCUCCAACCUCAUCUCCUGAUGUACCAUUUACACUUACCACUUCAAAUCUUACUUAUACUCCUAUAUCUUCUCCAAGUUUGGUGGGUUGCACCAGUUCAGAAACUUGCUCUUCUACUACUACUAGUACAUCUCAAGUAUUCAAGAACUGUUUGUCCUCAUCAGAUGUUAAAGUGAAGAAAGAGAAUCCUCAUUUCAUAUGUAAUUUAUCUCAUGAAAGCCAAAUUAUAGAAUCCAUAAGCAGUUCUAACCAAAACUUAGGAUUGGGUAAUGAUAUAAAUGCUCCUACUGAAUGUGAUGAGUAUGAUAGUGUUGCUGAUAUUCAUGAUGACUAUCACACCAAAGGAAAUGAACUCAUGGAAAAAGUUUCAAGUAUUUGUAAGCAACUUGAAGAAAAAGAUUCAAAUUAUGUAAAUGGAUUACAUGACACAAAUAUCAAAGGAAAAAAAUCUAAUGAGAAAUUUAACUUAUUAUCCAUUAAUAAUACGACAUGCAGUAAAGAGACAUCUUUAACAAAGGGCAAUCUUAUGUCUAAUGCAAUUAUACCUGUGAAAUCAAUUCUAAAGAAAAAUAAAAAUAAAUCACAUGCAAAUAAAGAAAUAAAGCAUGUGUCCUUCCAGAUGGAUGAAAAUAAUGAACUUAUUAAUGAAGUUGCUACAUUUUCUCUCUCUAAGGAACCUGCACAGUCAUUGAUUCAAGUACAGAAAACAAAAGGCAACACAAAGUUACGGAAUGACACACACUCGCCAGUAAAACUGACUGUCUCCAUGAAGAAAAAGGUGUUGAUGAAUUUGGCCUUGAAUGAAUCUGAAACAGUUAGUUCAUCAAAUGUUCAGGUUAAAAGGUCCCAUGGCAAGAAAGGUGUUAGCUCUUCCAGUCAAGGUUAUAGUAAAUGUAAUGUAAAUAAGGGAGAUAUAACCAGCCAUGCAAAAAUCAUAUCAGAAGUCUUAAAGAAAUACCCUCAUUUAGUUAAAGAUAAAAAAAAGAUUCGUCUGAAAAUCCUUAAGAAAGGAAAUGAAAAGGACGGAGGAGGAAAAAUGAAGUCUAAAGUUCAGUAUCUUGUCCUAAGCGAUGGAGAUGCUAAAUCAAAGUCAGUUACUAAAGUAUCCAAAACUUCUUCCCUUUCAAAACAUGACAUGACCACAGUACAGACAGCACUCAGUGAGCGUUCUUUUGAGUGCCCUGAAUGUACUGACAUGACCUUCAAGAGUUACUUUUUACUUAAGAAACAUGUUUUCCUUUCACACAAAGAUAAGAGUAAUGCAAUACUUUCUCGUACUGAAAAUGUUCCUUAUGCUUGUUACAAAUGUUUUGCAAAUGAGCCUUUAGAAUUUGAAAACUAUUAUACUUACCAACAACACAUGGGAGAGGUACACAGUAAAACUGAGCUUCGAUUGUGUAAUAUAUGUGGAUUCAAACCUAGACGUAAAAUAGAAUUAGCUUAUCACCAACAUACACAGCAUAACAAGAUAUCCAAAAGCUUUUGUUUCCCAAAAUGUGACCUUUGUGAUCACAUAGCAAUAAAUGAUGCUGCAUUACUUAAACAUCGAUCACAACACAGGAAUGCUGACAAUUACACUUGCUCUGUGUGUGGUGUAAAAUUUUGUUCUUUUGGGGCUCUGCAAGGGCACAUGCAGACCAAGUUGUGUCAAACAAAACCGUCGGUGAGUCACAAGUGUCCCCAUUGUCCAAUGACAUUUGCUCGCUCAUACAACCUCAAGGCACACUGUAAAUCUAGUCACAAGUCUUUACAGACAACAUUACAAUCCACAUCAGGAGCAAAAGAAAUGCAAUCUCAAGACUUAACUUCUCACAGUGCAGAGUCGCAAUCUCAGGAAGCAGAAAGAGGCAGUCAUAUUAUAAAAACUAAUUCUGAUUCAAAUUAUGAAAAAGACAAUACAAAUGCUGAAGUUAAUUAUGAAACUUUGACUGUUGUUGAUACUCAGUCAUCCUCUGAAGCUGAAGCAUUAUCAACUGUAGCAAGCAGCUUAGUAGCAUCCUUAAGAUUACCAGAAGAAACUAUAAAUCAAUACAUGUACUCUCAAGAUAAUAAGAUGGAUUAUUCAAAUACUGUGGACCAAGCAAAAGUUGAGCAAGUAAUAUCAAAGCCAUUGGGACUUUCUGUGCAUCUUGAGAUUCCAUCUGUCUCAGAAUAUCAAGAUCAGUCGCAAUGUUAUGAUAAACCAUAUAGCAUUCAAACAUCAAUUCAGGAUAAUACCAGUAUAAAUCCUUUAUUUCCUAUCAGUGUAGUCCCAAAUGAAGUUCUUCCGAGUAUUAUCCCUAGACACAUUGUCCCUAACAAUAUCUUGCAGGCUGGAUGUAUGCACCCCACUAGUACACCAGUUCUUGGAGCUGCUUCCCAGAGCUGGACAUAUGUCACUUAUCAAGUGCCCACCUCCAGUGAUGAUUUACCAGGUGUUCUCACAGAAACAACUUCCAUAAAUGAUUCUUCUGGGGAUCCUCACCAUAGCACCAACAUAGAAAAUGUUUACCAUAGUACAAGCACAGCCAUUGUGGAAAAUAUUACAAUGACUCCUUCAAAUAUUAAUUGUACUGAAAGUGCUAUGAAUAUGAGUGGAGAACAUACUACUGUGACUAUAACAGACACUCAGACAACCAGAAAUUUAAGUCAGACCUCAUCUCUUCCUGUGGCACACACUUAUGAUUCAUUAUCCUCUCAGUUUGUAUGAGCAGAAAUGAGACAUUUCAGAACAUCAUGCAUUAUUUUUUCCUUAUGGUAAGAUGUAUGUCACAGUAUUUAGGGUCAUAAAAGUAGACAUUGCUUUGUACUCCAUGUGUAGUUUAUCUUCUUAUCAACUUCCAUCUUUUGAACUUUCCUGAUAUGAAAUUGAAUCUCAAAUUCCAAACUUCAUUUUAGUGAUGGACAGCAUGAGGGAAGAAAGGUGGAAGUGCUAGAAAUCUUAUUAAGAAUAGUAAAAUUGAGGCUGUACAUGACCAUUUCUGGAAUAUUGACUUGAUAAAAGCCAAAAAAUCUGUGA